GAAAAACGCGGCUGUGAAGGAGAGAAGCUUCAGGGCUGAGUGUGGAGCGGAGUUAUGGAGGAAACCCGGAGAAACUGUCAGAUUAAACCCGGGGUCUGCAGCUCUGUUUCCCGCAGAGAGACCUCCUGAACACCGCCGAGACUCUCCCACAGCUCCCGCAGACUCACAGCGGGGGAUGAGAAAACGGAACCCGUCCCCCGGCGCAGAGCAGCAGCACGACGCCGCCGACAGGGCGCUGCUGGACGGCAAGCAGAGCUCCGGAGGAGACGGGCAGUGGGACAAAACCAUGGGCAGGAAACUCAGGAGAACUGGUUUGAUGUGGAGGCUCAGGAGGAUCUUUCUCUGGGUUUUAGGAAUCUACAUCGCUAUUCCUCUCAUCAUCAAGCUCUUUCCUGCUAUCCAGGCCAAACUAGUGUUCCUCAACUUUGUGCGGGUGCCGUAUUUCAUUGACCUGAAGAGGCCGCAGGAUCAGGGGUUGAACCACACACACAACUUCUACCUCCAGCCUGAGGAGGGGGUUAAUAUCGGAGUGUGGCACACAGUGCCGGCUGUGUUGUGGAAGGAGGCGCAGGGUAAAGAUGGGGAGUGGUUUGAAAAAUCGCUCCAGUCCACACAGCCUGUCAUGCUUUAUCUUCAUGGCAAUGCAGGGACCAGGGGAGGAGACCAUAGAGUUCAGCUCUAUAAGGUUCUUAGUUCAUUAGGCUACCAUGUAGUCACUUUUGAUUAUAGAGGAUGGGGGGAUUCGGAGGGCAGCCCCUCAGAGAGAGGGAUGACACAGGACGCUCUGCAUCUCUAUCAGUGGCUGAAGCAGAGAAUCGGCCGCAAGUCGCUCUACAUCUGGGGUCACUCUCUGGGCACUGGAGUGGCGACUAACUUAGUGAGGCGUCUGUGUGACCGAGGAACGCCACCGGACGCUGUAAUCCUAGAGUCUCCCUUCACCAACAUCAGAGAGGAGGCUAAGAGCCAUCCGUUCUCUAUGGUUUACAGGUAUCUACCAGGCUUUGACUGGUUCUUUUUGGAUGCCAUCACAGCGAAUGACAUCCGGUUCGCCAGUGAUGAGAAUGUGAAUCAUAUCUCCUGUCCAGUCCUGAUCCUCCACGCUGAGGACGAUGCUGUCGUUCCUCUCCACCUAGGAAAAAAGUUGUACAACAUCGCAGCCCAGUCCAAGAGCCUGAACGGACACAAGGUCCAGUUCAUCCCGUUCCCGAGUUCUCUGGGAUACAGGCACAAGUUCAUCUACCGGAGUCCACAGCUUCCUCAUAUACUCAGUGAUUUCCUCGGAGCGACUCAUCCUCGUGUAUAGCUGAGACCCACUCGACCUGACUGCCCUCUUUUUCUCUCACUGUCACUUUGAAACAAACACACACACAUACACACACACACACUCCUCUGUUUGCACUGUGUACACACACACACACACACAAACACGUGCACACCAGAUUUGAGAUGUGCCCCACUCUGUUCCUUUGCAUUCCGUUAUUGAUUAAAGAGAGAGAGAGAGACUGAGAGAGAGACAGGCAGAGAGAGAGAGACACAGACACAGACAGAGAGAGACAUACAGAGAGAGAGAGAUGGAAACCAGAGACUACAUGAAGUAUAUGUCUGCUGAUCCAGGUAUGCAGUUUGAGCAACACAUAUGCAAAGUAAUAUGCAAAUAUGCACUGAAUGAAUUAGCCCAGGCGUGGUGGUCUCGCUAGGAGACCACCAGAACAAGUUUCUGCACAACCUGUAUAGAGCAGUGGUGGACAGCAGGUAGAAUAGCAUGAUAUUUAUUUACUAUCUAAAGAUGUCCUUCACCGUCUGCAGCUGUGGAUGUACUGUACUCAUCAGACGAGCUUUUAACAGACCUGUUGUCAGUUUGAUAUCAGAUAUCAGUGUGAACCAUACAUUGAUUUAGGGGGGUAGAGUGUAAAUCGGUGUGUUAAUUGCCCUUUAAUAUAUAUAUAUACAGUACCAGUCAAAAACACACCUUCAAUUCUGUGUAUUUUCAUUAUUAAUUAAUACUAAAGUCAUCCAAACUAUAAAGAAAAACAUGUGGAAUUAUUCAGUUAACAAAAAACGUGUGUUAAACAAACUUUUACAUUCGUCAAAGUAGCACCUCUUGCUAAGAGGACAAUUUUUCCCAGUCAGUUUUAUGAGGUAGAGUCACCUGCAAUGGCUUUCAGUUAACAGCUGUGCUGAACUUCUCAAGAGUUAAUUACUUGAAUUUCUUGCCUCUUAAUGUUUGAGAGCAUCAGUUGUAAAGCUGUGAAGAGGAAAAGUUGGUAUACAGUGAAUAGCCCGAUUUAAUUAAUGUUCUAAUCCAUUUUAUGGCAAGAACUACUCAACUAAAUAAAUAAAAAAUACUUUUAAGAAGAAAUGAAGGUCCGUCAAUCCAAAAAGUUUAUUUAGCUUGUCAUCAGCUGCCAGAGCCCUGAGAGAGCACAAUUGGCUUUGCUCUCUCUGGGUGGGUAGAUGGUGCGCUCUUUCCCCACAUCACUCCAAAGGGUGAUGUCGAUCAGCACGAGGCGUCUGUGAGCUGAUGUAUCGGUACCUAGUUGCUGUGCUUUUAUCCGUACACUUUACUCCGAAUGUAAAGUAACUGGCUGUGUAAAUUGGGGAGAAAAUGAGACGAAAAUUGGAAAUAAAAUGAUAUAAAUAUUAAAAAAACUUUACGAUCAUCAGGACCGCCCCAUGAAAGUUACCAGCCUCAGAAACCGCAAGUCUAAAGCACCCCAGAUAAGAGCCAUCUAAAUGCUAUAGUAUUUUGGUUUAUGUUUUUUAGUUACUACAUAAUUACUACUUUUUAAAGUUACUACAUGAUUCCUUAUGUGUUCCUUCAUAGUCUGAAUCACUUCACUAUUUAUUUACAAUGUAGAAAAAAAAAUUAAAAUAUUGAAUGAGAAGGCUUUUCCCAACAUUUGACUGGUACAUACAUAUAUAUACAUACAUACUCUACUAUAUGUACACUGCUAUAUGGAUAAAAGUGUUGGGAUACAUAUACAAGCUUUUAUGACAUCCUAUUUUAAAUUCAUCAAUCCACAUAACGUGCAUAACAGCAGUGCCAUCCUAUUGGAGAACUCUUUACCACCAUUCGUUCUCUCACUAGUGUCUGUAAAGGCAGACUGCAUGAUUUUAACAGCUUUGAAUUGAUAAAAUAUACACCUGUGAUCUGAAAUCAGUGAUUAAGUUGUGUCCCAACACUUUUGUCCAUAUAUUAUGUGUACAAAUACAUAUUUUCCUUUAUUUUGUCUCUUGGUUAAAAAGGUGUAAAGCAAUUUAAACAACAAUGUGUGAAUUUCACACUGAUAACUGAUCAGUUACAUCAGCUGUGAGGGUUAACUGUGAACAUUUAAACCACGUAUAAAGAAAGUGCAGCUUGUGUGCAUUCAACACGAUUAGUGACCGUUCUGAUUUAAUGUUUUAAUUUCAUUUAGUAUUCUAGAUAUAUAUAUAUCAAAGUAUAGACAGAUAUUUAUACCCUUUUUUUAUGGAUUUCUACUUUGGCAAACUUGAAAUGCUGGCGGCAGCAAAUCUACAUGCAUUUUUAUCCAAAGUUCCAAAUGGAAAUGGCCCACAUUCAGCCCUUUAUCUGCAAUUACAUUAUUCCUUAUGACCUUUUUGCACAUUCCAAACGAUAGAGGGCGCUAGAAUGACUGUAAUUAUUAUAAAUCUUUUUUUUUAUUUUUUGUUACAGCUCCAAAAAAAAUUUUUGAAUUAAUUUUAUGUGCCUAUCCUGCUUAAAUUCAUAAAACUAAAGCAAUUCAAUCUGUUGAAAUAGAUAAAUUGGUAUUAACCCAGAUUUAUUUAAAACAAUGUGAAUCUGAUGCUUUAAUUAAAGCAGAAUCCAAAUACAAAAUUCCCAAUAUUUCUGCAUGACAAAACAAUCAAGAAACAAACAAGCUCAUUUCAGUAAAGAGUGGGGUUUGGUGUGAAACAUCAGAAUAGUGUAGAGAAUAGUGUUCAGUAGUGGUGAAUGAAAGCCGUUGUCCAAACCUCUAAAAGUAUUGUUUUUUAUUAUUAUUUGCAUAUCUUUAAAAUGGUGGAGGGAUUCAUGCAGGGUGUUGUGUGGCAAAAAAUAGCCCUCAGAGAAAUAGUAUGUUAUUUUUAUUAUGUGUUCAGAAUUGUAUGAAAUCUGAACACAGGUUCACUGGUGGGUUUGGAUAGUGAAUAAAGUGGCUGUAUAUUUGUGUUAUAGCCGUGAGUUGGGCACAGUUUUACACUAAACCUUCACUCUGAAUGACAUCAGUUUACACCCUGAACACUGAAUUAUGCUGGAUUUUUUUUUUUUUUUUUAAAUGAAGCUUCCCCUUUUAAAGGAGAACUAUGGUGUAAAAUUGACUUUUGGUGUAAUAAAAAGAGUAUAAAGAGCAUUAACCUUUGUUGAAUAGCCCACCUCUAUUCUCCUGCUGCUUUCCGAAAUUUUGUAAUUUUUGCAGUUUGUCCAAACAAGCAAGAAUGGGAUUUAAUGGGGCAUAUUUUGCCCCUGCAGAUAAAUCCUUUUUACAUCUUUAUCCAGGCUCAAAGUAGCUUCAGGUUUUUAAUAAGCUUCUUGUAAAAAGAUUCAUCUGCAGGGGCAAGAAUAAGCCCCAUAUCAUCCAUUCUAAAGCCUGUUUAAACAACUUUCACAAAAUUACUGGAUCUCAGAAAGCUGCAGAAGAGUGAAGGUGGGCUAUUCACCAAAAGUUGGUACUCUUUAUCAUGUUUUACUACACCAAAAGUCAAAUUUACACCAGAGUUCUCAUUUAUAGGCCUUUAUUGAGGUCUUAAAUUGAGAUUGUUUUUUAUUUUUUAUUUUUUUGUCUGAAUAAGUAACUUCACAUGAGAGGGAAAAUCAUAAGUGCUGUUAAACUAAACUAAACUAAAUAACUGUAACUCAGUAUUAUUAGUCAUUUUCUUGGGAUGUGUCCAUGUUUUAUAAAAAAAAGAAUUGACUUAAUAAUUUGGGCAUUUUCAACUCAUAGCAAUUAAAAGGAUGAAAACAAAGGUGUAGUUCUGAAUCCAGUGUUGAGUUUUGAUGUUAAAUCUGCUUUAUUUAGUGAUGCGCACAAUUUUCUGAUGGGAGGUCAAUACUAAUAUCUACUGAUGUACUUAUUAUGAUUAUAUUGUGACUGUCACACAAAAAUGAGAGGAAAAAAACUUAAGUAGAGAGUAUAAAAAUAUAUUUUUAUUUCCAAGUCAGUUUGGAGCAUUUCUAUUGAUCCAUUUAUCAUCAAAUUCUGAUCCAAUACAAAGAACAUCUGCCAGAUUCAGGUCAUGUCAAAAAAUUAAAAAUAGAGAUAUAAGUUUAUGUGUGACAGUGAUGAUGGGGACUUAAAUGUGUUAAAUCUGCGUUUAAACAGCAAGUCUUAGAGGUUUCGUCUGAGGGCUUGUUUUUAUAGCUGGUGUGAUGAGUCAUAGAGCAAUAAUGUACUGUAUACUGUCAGAAUAGGUACAAAAUAUACACCACAUAAUCAAUAGGUAAUCAAUAGCUCAGCAACUAGUCUUAAAUGUGAAGAAUUGUAUUGUUGCUGUCAUGCAAAAACCUAGUAUCUUCUUAACGGCAACUUUAAAGAAGAAGUUACAUAAGGUUUAGGUUUUGUGCCAAGUCAUUUUGGAACACUUCUGUUGGUUCAUUUAUAAUUAAAUUGUAACAAAAUACAAGGAACUACCUGUAAAAAAAAUAAAAAAAGAAGAAAAUGUGAAAUAUGGCAAUAAUGGAGAUACAGUAAUAUUUUGUGACAGCAACAAUAAGCUUUCUGGGUUUUAAACGUAAAAAAAAAAACACCUUUUGAAUAAUCUACAGAGCCCCCAAAAUCAUGAUAAAGUUUAAAAAUUGUUACAUCACGCUUUACACUUCAGGCCUGAAAUGUAAUACUUCAUGCAGAGAUGUGAAGGCAGACGCUUUGAGCUAAAUAAGCUGUUUUUUUUGUGUGUAGUUACGUUGAAAAGUCUAUUAAAACACAGAUUUUACAUAUAUGUGGAAGCUGUAUUCUGAACAAGCAUUGCAACAAGGGGGCGAUAAAGUGAUAGCCCAGUUAUAUUGAUCACUUCUACAGCAUUGAGUUUGUACAGUAGGACCGCAUGUUUACAGAUAGUUGUUCAUGCAAAUAUAUAUAUAUAUAUAUAUAUAUGUCUAUACAUUUUUUUUUUUUUACUGUUACCAGACCAUGGAUAUACUUUAGAGUAGUCCGAGGUAAAAUGAGUUUUGAUGGGAGCCAUGAUGCUUCUUCUCUUUCUCACUAAUCUGCCCGCCCACACUAAAAACUGAUUGGCUGACUCUUUGCAUAAAACGGGCCAAUCAGAACCCUCUCUGUUUUGCAUGCGCUUUAUUAAUAUGCACACGAGGGGAGUGUCUUUCUCUCCCUCUCCCUUUCUUUCACAGGUGAUUGGGGAAAAAAACUCUGUCGCCUGUGUGCACAUUUGUGUUCACUCUUGGGCCACUCAUUCUAGAUUCCGAGAGAUUUUAUUAAUUGGCUCUGUCUGUAGCGCCCCCUUGUGGCAACACUCAGAUGCAGCUCACAGAGUGUCUGCGUUCGCGUUCUCGUGUUGAGUAAAGUUCGGCCUUUGUAUUUGCGUUUAUAUUCUUGUGUAAAGUAUGUUUCAGGCCUAAAACCUUACCCUAUUUUAUUUUAAGGAGCCCUACUAUGGAGCUUAAAAGCUUAAAAAUAUACUUAAACUUAGUUUUCGAACGCUCCAUUGAUUUAGUUACAGCACUUUUUCACCUGUCAGACUUCUUUUCACUGCUGAAACUGACACUGAGAAUUAGUCCAAUCAUGUUAAGCUGAGUUAAAGUCUGAGCUUUUGCCAUGUGGGUCAGCCAGAUGUGACGUCUUCCUGUACCUUUUUUCUUCAGUUUCCAAGAUUCUUUUGGAAACUGGUGUAGGAAACAGUACAUUCUAGAUUAAUCUGACAUUUCUAUUAAGAAAAGACCACACAACAAAAAAUACUUUUUUCAGUUUCUGGUUUAUUUGUUUCUAGUUUAGUUCUAAAACUUUUAAACCUAUAGUUUAAAGUAUUUCAAUCUGCAUUUGAAUAAAAUGUACCUGACAUUUGAUGAACUUAAAAAUAUAUAUUAAACAGCGUAAUUUGUAAAGUUAAAUGUGAACAAUAUUUUUUUUAGUAACUUGUGAUAUUUUUUUUUAUUAUAUAGAUUUGAAUUUAUUCAUCAUUUUUGUUACAAGUCUAAAAAUGUCUCUACUUGAAUUUAUUUUAUCUGAAAAUUUUAUGCUUUUAACAGCAAAUUUCCCCACCCCAAGUAUAAAACAAAAAACACAUUGUUAAAUUAUAUUUUUUAAAUUAGACCGUCAAAUGUACAAAACAAUCUAGUAUAUUUCUUCCAAAAAUAUAUAUAAAAAAAAAUGUGGAUUUAAAUACUUAUGUCAGCUUUUAAGCUUUUAAGCUCCAUAAUCUUAACUUCUAGCAGUUUAAAAAAAUCCUGCAUCCUUUGUGUACAAUCAAAUUCACACUUGCGUAUGAAUAUUUGUUUGAGCUUUGUUUUGUUUGAUGUCUGACCAAAGCCUUGAAAGAAGUACUGUAGCUUAUGUUUAACACGCCCACGUCCACACCAAUCACAUGACCAACUCAAGACUAAACCACACCCCUCAUGUAUUUCACUGGAGUUUCUGGAGUUUCAGCUCAAAUUUUGUUCAGCUGCCUUUGUUGAAGUUGACCAAACAGUUUUCAAAGUUUAUUUUAAAUCCACUUAAAAUUGAACUGUAACUGUUUUACAAAAAUGCAACAUGAAAAAAAACUGUUCUGUUAUUUAAACUGUAACUUUCUUUUUUUUUUUUUGGCUAAAUAUUAAAUAUUACUAGUGGUUUACAGCUUUCGUUUGUUUGGUUUAAACUUUUCUUUGUUUUUUUUUUAAGCUGCUAAAUCUUACUACUGGACGCAUAUAUGAGACUCUGUAUGGAAUAUCUGUUUGUAUAUAAUAAAGGAUUGAACUCGUG